AUGGCACCCAACCCCUACCUCCUCGCAGCCGACAACCCGCAAGCUCUCAUUUCUCUCCUCCGCGAAGACCCCUCCUUAGCGUCGGCCCAAGACGAACACGGUUACUCCCUCAUUCAUGCCGCCGCCAGCUACAACCACCUGGACCUCCUCCGCGCUCUGGUCCGCGAAUUCAAGGUGCCAGUCGACCUCAAGGACGAAGACGGCGAGACGGCAUUAUUCGUCGUUGAAUCUGUCGACGCCGCCCGCGUGCUGGUCGACGAGCUGGGGUUAGACGGCAAGAUUCAGAACGAGGAGGGCCAGACAGCAAGGGAGAAGAUUGAGGCUGAAGCUGAGUUUCCAGCGGUGGCUGAGUAUCUUCGGAGUAUCGACGCCGGGUCGUCAGCCGCCAAUGGCAAGGCACCGAACGGAAUGGAACUGCCCCCGAUCCCGGGAGGCUUGCAAGUGACAGUGGGCACAAUGGAUGUGGCCGAGACGCAAGGGCAGCAGCCGGAUCCCGAAUUCCGCAGGAGGAUCGAGGAGCUUGCUGCCAGGCAGGAUUUCCAGACACCCGAGGGCCAGGCAGAGUUGCGGCGGUUGGUUGAGGACGCGAUACGCGGGGAGGAGUUCAGCGAAGAGAGGAGCGUACGGCCGAGGCAAUAUUGA